AUUUAAAGAAUAAUUUUAAUUCACAAAAAGACUUAGCACAAACAAGAGAGAAACUGGGAAACAAGAACAAGAGAAGAAACCAAUUGCUCAGUUAACAAGAAAACAAGACAAAAGGAAUUUUCUGGUUAUUUAUUUGAUCCUUGUAAGAGGUUGAAUCAUAUGCAGAAGAAUGGAGUAUCAAUCUUUAGGAUGGUACCAAAAACCAAAAGGGUCUAACAUAAAACAAGUAUUGAAGGGUAUGCUACUUUUGGUUGUUUGUGUCUGGUUGCUGUAUCAGAUCAAGCACACAGAAACAAAGAACUGUGGCUGUCAAACCAAUCUGGUUGCAGGUUACGGAGUUAUAUCGUUGGGACGGAAAGGGAUACCGUCCCGGUUGGAUGAAAGAGCUGUUCUUGACUCAAGAAAUGUAGAUUCUGUUGGGGAUGAAUUUGAGUAUACUAAUGAAAAAUUCAGGAAAAAUGAAGGGAAAAAAGUGGAACUUGAGCAAGAAAGUCAAUCUAAGGUGACGUUGAAAAAUAGUUACAAGAUGCAGAAAAAUGUGGCGGAGAGUGCUGCAAAUGAUGGCUUAAUAAUAGAGGAAACAGAUGAGGUCCAAAGCUUUCAUGAUGAAAAUGGUGUUCCGCCUGAUGGUAACGAAGAUAACGUUUCGAUUUUUAGCAGUGUAAAUUGGCUUAAAAAGAUCCAUAUUUAUGAAGUCACAAGUGGAGAAAAUAAUGAGGUUGAAAUGAAUUUGGAAGGAUCGAUGAAUGCUACUACAGCCGAUGAAGAAAUUAAUACAUGAACUACUGCCCAUGUUGAUACUUCAGGUUUGCAAUCAAGAAAUAGGUGGAGGUAGUUUGGUUUUAUGAGAUUGUGAUUCUGUUUUUUCUUCAUCAAUGUAAAUAAAUGGCCCACAGGAUUAGAGGAUGUGGCUUCUUUCUUUAAUUCAUGAACAUGUAUGAUGUAACUAUCCACAUGACCACAGGGAAUUUUAACUUAUUUUUUUUUCUCAAAGAUCAAUAGCUGCACGAUUUGAAGGAGAAGCAGCUUUCUUUGUCUUGAACCUGAAAAAUUGUAUAGGCUAAUAUCAAUGUAAUUGUUAUGUUUGACACUUCUCUUUUCCAGAACUUUUCAGCUUUGUUGAA